AACUGGAUUGGAAGGUGAAAUUUUCUUUUUUUUUUUUUUUUUCUUCUCAUCUCCGUUCUUCUCCUGCUCUUCCGAACCAGGAAAGGAAUUCAGGAUGCAGUGGUCAUCGAUUUUCAAUUCCUUAAUCGUCUCGGUACUUUUCAUUAUUCAUUCUGCGAGCGGUCGUCUGAUCGAUGGAAUAUUCACUGAACCAACGUUGAAGCCUGGAUAUAAUUUGGUAACAUCUGUGCCGCGGGGUGCAAAAGCAUUGAAUGUCACACAGCUGGGUAACACCAGUAAUAUUUUGGCCGUCAGACGACAAGAUCGCAAUUUCAUUCUAAACGGCAAUUACAACGCCUUUGCCAAUUCCGGUUCAUUCGUAGACUUGGGAACCACGUUCAUUUACACUAGACGUGAUUCGCAUAAUCCGGAAAGCCUAGCCGCCGAAGGACCUCUUCAGGAGCCGGUCGAUGUACUGGUUUUCUAUAAAGAUCCAAAUCCGGGUAUCGUCUACAGGUAUUUGACAUCCGGCGAACAGCCGACAGCUUCACGUUGGACUUCGAAAUUUGCAGCAGCGACGGGCAAGACUUCGAACAUAUUUCCUCCACCCGGUCGUUACACAGCGAGAAGAAGAGAUACUUUACCUGUGAAAAAUCGAAUAGCAGACGAUGAGGCUCGGCCUUUGUCAGUCGUUGCGCCACAGAGACGAUUACGAAGGCGGAGAUUUGUGUGGAAAAAUCACGGCUUUAACGAAUGCAGCAGGUCUUGUGGCGGAGGUAUUCAGACGACUAAGUUCAUCUGCAUUCGGGAACAAACGCAGCAGCAAGUUCCCGAAAAAAGGUGUCAUCAUUUGGAAAAACCGAUCGGACAAACGGUCAGAUGCAACACUCGACUCUGUCCUGCGAAAUGGCGGGCGGGGGCUUGGAGCGAAUGUUCAGUGACUUGCGGGACCGGAUAUCACACUCGUGAAAUGGAAUGCGUUCAGGAAGUGACGUCGGCGUUGACGAUGAGGGUUGCCGACGGUGCUUGCAUCGAGCCGAGUCUCCUGCCAUUGAGAGAGGGCUGCGUCAUGCCGCCAUGCAACGAUCUGCAUAUCGAUCAAUCCCAAGACGAAAACGUAUUCGAAAAAAAUUCUCGUCCCUCCCAAUGGAACGCCGAGCCUUGGUCUGAGUGCUCUGCGACUUGCGGUCCUGGGAGAAGAACGAGGAUUGUUUCCUGCAUAACCACCACCGGGCGUCCAUGUUCUCUCGAUGAAAAACCGCCGUAUGAAGAGCCCUGCAAUUUAGGAAAUUGUAGUCCAAAACUUGCACCGCCUCCUGAUGCGACGUUUCACUCGAAUUCGAUUUCCACAUUUUCUUCGGGCAGCAGGUGGCUCUUCACCGAAUGGUCUCGACAGUGUUCGGCCGAUUGCGGUACCGGAGUUCAAUGGCGUCGAGUUGUGUGCGGAUCAUCGUCAUCGGAAACUUGCGACGAGUCGACAAAACCGAAAACGACCCAAGAAUGCGCAACGGACGACAGCUGCAGCGGUCACUGGUUUUCCGGCCCAUGGACUCGCUGUUCGGCAGCGUGCGAAAUCGGUGAACAGACCCGAGAAGUGAUUUGCGUUGCUAAAAUUCGGGGCAUUCUUCACGUUGCUCUCGACAUGAAUUGUCCCGUUGAGAAACCAGACGUUAAAAGACACUGCAGGGGCCCCCCGUGCCCCCCCGCUUGGUUCGCAUCCGAUUGGUCGGAGUGUACCCGGACUUGUGGUAGAGGAAUGCAACAGCGAGUGGUCAAAUGUUUGGAAAGCGACGGCCGGCCGGCACAACCAGGAAGAGAAUGCCCGGAAGCAGAUCGUCCGGUUUCAAGAUUGAUCUGUAACGAGCAUCCGUGCAGGAAUUCGGACAACAAUUACGGGCCAGAGAACGUUAAUCGCGUUGUCCAGAUCCAAAAUGAUCCGGAAGUAUCAAACCGGCUCGACGACAAUCCGAACUGCCAAGACACCAACUUCAAUUGUCCUCUGGUGGCUCAGGCUCGGCUCUGUAAUUACGAAAUCUAUCGAAGGACCUGCUGCCUUUCAUGCUCAAAGGCUCGCAUGGACGACGAAUAGAACAGCUAUCGAAUCGACUUUGUCUUCGAUUCGAAGCCCAAUUUUGAAGGCGACGCGACUUCGACGGCUCGAUUUUACAGAUUAUGAAAGUUUCUGCGAGAAACUUUGAGUGAAAAAAAAUCAAUUCAUAAAUCGCUUAAUCGACCAUAUUUUAUCGCGGGAGGUUAAUUGCUAAUUAUCCCAAGUUUUUUUUUUUUUAAUUAAUUAAUCGAAUUUUCUACGCGCUGUUGGAUGAAAAAAAAAAUUAUUUUUUUCUUUCCCAACAGGCUGUAGCGCAGCGGUGAUUUUAGAAUCUCUAGAAUUUUCAAUGUAAUUUUAUUGUUACUGAAUAUUUUUAACCUCACUUCUUGUUACGCGAAAUUAACACCGAUUGUUUAUCGUCGGGAAGAAGAUUGUCAGACACUUUAUACUGCCGCUGUAUUUUAUUUAUCCACGACGACGAAUUAAAUUUUUUUUUUUGAAAAUGUCCGCAAGCAUCGCGUGAUAACGGAUUCUGUUAUAAUUUCGUAACGGUAUAGGCAAGAAAUUUGAAAAGUGUGGUAAAAAUGUUAAAAAGAAAUUUCAUACCGUUAUGUGUAUCGAUAAUGUACUCAAAACGAUCAGUUUUGUGGAUUUGAUUUCUGAAGAAGUAUUUUUUUUUUU